CGUAAAGUACGUGCGAAGCGGUGAUCUAUUCCGAAUUUCCGAUCUUAGUUUGCGUUGCGUUGGCGUAGGUUGAAGAAGAAGAGAGAGAGAGAGAGAGAGAGAGAGAGAGAGAGAGAGAGAGAGAGAGAAGGGUAAGGUAACCCUAGAGUGGUGAAUCGAAUUCGAAACGAUGGAAAGUGUUUCUCGAAGAAGAGGUGGAGGCAUUUUCGAAAGCCUCUACAAGGUCGUUAUGCGUCGCAACUCUGUCUAUGUUACCUUUGUCAUCGCUGGCGCCUUCCUUGGAGAACGGGCUGUUGAUUAUGGAGUCCACAAGCUCUGGGAGGCAAAUAAUGUUGGGAAACGAUAUGAAGACAUUCCUGUGCUAGGGCAAAGGCCGUCAGAAUAGUGACCAGCUUGUUAGCCAUUUUGAAGUUUUAUUAUUUUCAUAAAGAUUUGAAGUGAUUAAGAGCUGGAAGCAGUUUCCAUUUUUACAAUAAAUACCAUAUGCUUGUGCGUGGUUUCAUUGACUGGCCAUUGGAAAUAUUAAACAUUGAACCAUUGCAGAAUUCUGUAUUUUUUUUGAAACGAUUUAUCCAGAAUCAUUGGUUAUGCAAGUCGCAGACUUUCUAGUUUGCCUAUGGAUGUUUAAACAGGGAAAAUCAGUAAUGCUCAUUAAUUUCAUUUAGCAUUCAA